AUGGUGGCAGGAAGCUACAGUCUUGAAAUUGAGUCUCCAGUGGAGGUAAAAAGGCUGUGGAAUGCAACUGUGAAGGACUCCCACAACUUAUUGCCAAAGCAAGUUCCAGGGAUCAUAUCAGGCAUCACACUUCUUCAAGGAGAUGGAGGAGUUGGCAGCAUUCGACAAAUCAACUUCACUGCAGCCAACAAGGAUUUUAGCUAUGUGAAAGAGAAGGUGGACUUGGUUGAUGAGGCCAACAUGGUUUACAGUUUCAGCCAUGUGGAAGGAGGGGUGAUUGGGACACAGGCGGCCUCAAUAAGCUACACAAUUAAAUUUGCCCCCAAAGCAGGGGGUGGAUCCAUUACGACCACUACCUGCAACUUUGACAGCCUCCCUGGUGUUCCCCAUGAUGAAGCUAAACUUGAGGAGAUUAAAGCCCAGAGCAUUGGUUUGUUCAAGAUGGUUGAGCAAUAUCUUAUUGCCAAUCCGACUUUAUACUGCUAAAAGCAUCAAAACCCCCCUCUUUCUCAAUGGUAGCAGUGCCAAUUGCUAAAUAAGAAAUGUGUGUAUCUCACACUUCACUUAAAUCUAGUUCAAUAAGAACGUGUGUGUCUCAGGU